CGGAGCGGAGCUGUCGGGGCCGGCAGCUCCCGGGGCAGGUAACCCGACGCCGCUGUCCUGCAUUAUUGAGCCGUGGGCUCAGGUUACUGGAGCCUGGAGCUGCCCGGGGCAGCGGGGCUGGACGCGGGCAGGGCUGGGCACCCCGGGAACAGGGGCUCCCCUCCAACCCGAGCCCCCAGCCCUGCCUGCGUUGCAGAGCAUGACGCUGAACACGCAGCACAGCAGCAAGAGCCUGGUGCAGCGCCGGGCCAGCACCCCGGUGCCCCUGUGCCACCAGUCCUGGAGCCCCCCGCAGCGGCCGGAGCCCCCCAGCACCCAGCCCGGACACGCCCGGGGGCCCCAGCCCGGGGACAAGGGCUUGGCGCGGCACAGCAACUGGUCCUCAGAUUCGACCGGCUCCUGGGAGUCACUGUACCGCGUGGUGCUGCUGGGGGACCCUGGCGUGGGCAAGACCAGCCUGGUCAACCUCUUCGCUGGUGUCCCGGAGAGGGAUGUACCCGAGCUGCUGGGAGAGGACACAUACGAGUGCACCCUGUCCGUGGAUGAUGAGGAGACCACGCUGCUGGUGAUGGACACCUGGGAGCCAGCACCAUGGGCCCAGGACGAGGAGAACCGGUCCCACAACUGCUGCCUGCAGGUGGGGAAUGCCUAUAUCAUCGUCUACUCCAUCACGGACCGGAGCAGCUUCGAGAGCGCCUCCGAGCUGCGGAUCCAGCUGCGCCGCACCCGGCAGGCCGAGAACAUCCCCAUCAUCCUGGUGGGCAACAAAACAGACCUGGUGCGGUGCCGAGAGGUCUCCGUGGAAGAGGGCCGGGCCUGCGCCGUCGUUUUCGACUGCAAGUUCAUCGAGACGUCGGCCGCGCUGCAGCACAACGUGGCCGAGCUCUUUGAGGGCGUCGUGCGCCAGCUCCGUCUACGCCGCGACGGCUCGGAGGCCGGAGACCAGCGCUAUGCCACUCCCGCGCGCCGGGAGAGCCUCACCAAGAGGGCCCAGCGCUUCCUCGGCCGCCUGAUCACCAGGAAGGUGGCAUUGAAAGCUCGCUCCAAGUCCUGCCACGACCUGGCCGUGCUCUGAGACCCGCAGCCAGGUGGCCGAGCACGCUCCGGCAGCUGUGUGCACAGGGCCUGGCAGACUCUCGUGGUGUGCCCUGCCCUGGUCUGGCUGCAGCCACAGCAGGGGACGGAGCCACCUCCCCUUGGCAGCAGCCUUGGAAGCUGUAAGGCCCUGCCAGAGGAGCCGGGGGGUCCCGCUCCCCCAGGCAGAGCAGCCCCCAGUUGCUGGCCUGCAGCCCUACAGGAUGAAGU